GAACGGUGGACCAUGUACCUCUAUACGACCCUCGCCACAAAUCCCUGGUAGGGACUCCGUUUCCUCCAGUCCAACAAGAAACGGAACACAUGAACCGUGCCAUUGGCAUUGGUCAAUCACACACUCUUUUGGCUGCUUGAACUUCUCAGGGAGUCUGUGUCAGAGGCCUGACCUGGCAGCCUUUCCCUGUUCAACCCUUCCAGACCAUGUGUUGUUAGCGAGGAUCCCGGAAUGUUUGCCGUGUCAACAGGGUGGCCAAUGGUAACACGGGCGAAAUAGGUACCUCCUCGCGAUGUACCGUUGCACACAUAUUGCUGGCAGUGGAUAGGUUACUGAGAUACCACCACAUCUGGCCAUCGUCGAUAUACAUGCCUCAAAACGGUUGUUUGCUCCUGUAACGCUAGGUAUUCGACCAAACUCAGGUAAAGUUCCAAGGGGGUCCCUCAUGUCCCCUCCAAGGUACCUCUAUGGGCUGUUACACUUUUCUUUUAGACGAGAGGUGGGGGCUCCUUACCCUCGACAUCCAGCCCGAACUGUCGUGUUCUGUUCAGUCCAGGUCAGCUUUUCUUAUCACAAAGUUCAGCUUCCAUUGCCAACAUGAAAGGCUAGCCCCUCGCCUGCUAUAGAACCUUUUAUCCAGUCGAGGAAAACCCGGUCAAUCUUUUCUGGCCCGGUAUCCCCCCUUACUUUGGCACAUUCCCACAUUCGCUUGACCCUGAUUAGACUUCCGACAUAACAUAGACAGACCGGCACAGAGGAGCAAGUCCCUUGAUACCCAAGUAACACAGCAGAGCCACACGGCACCAGGUUUUAUCCGACAUCACCUUACACCACUGUCUCACGGUGUUGGAUGCAGAUCGCCUAAGGGCAAAAGAAAACACAUCCUGCACAAGACCAACUCCAUCUACUUCAUCCCUGACAUCUGCCACGGAUUUGGGUCACCCUGUCUGAUCGUUGCUCCCAUCUCCCCUCAGUCACUCACUCUCCGGAAGUUUAUCGACUGGAAAAGGCGAGGGUUGGAUUUCCGUCGCCACCAUGGGGAUAGGGAGCUAUUUCAAGGCCAAGAAGCCGGAGCCGGCAGGCCAACAACACGCUGCCUCAACACCAUCGAGAGGUCGUCAACCUUCCAUGGGGAACACAAAAGCCGGUCAGGACGAUGGCGACAUACUCGCCCCUCCGCAGAUCCGCUAUGGGUCUAGAUCUCGCUCGGCAACGCGCUCUAUGAUGUCGUCAACCAGCUCGGUGAUCUUAGAAGAUAUCAAGCAUGAGGUCAUGGUCAACUAUCUCUACCAGCAACAAUGCUCGUACCUAUGGGUAGCAAAUGGCAGUGGCGAGAUCGAGGGUGUGCUUCUUCGAAAAUCCAGAGGCCAGUACAUGGCCUGCCCGCCGGCCUUGGGGAACUCGCCCUUCGCCAUGGCGUGUGCUGCUCUCAAUGUUCAGUGUGCAAUGACUGUCAACUCACGAGUCAUCAAGACCUUCCUCCAAUGGUCGCCAGAUGCUGUCGAUGUCCCACUUCUGAACGGCUUGCGAGUCCAAAUUCUGCCCACCAUCGAAGACCUUCCUCGUGCCAGGAAACACCAGUUUGCCGCCUUUAUCGCGUCAGAGGGGUUGCUGGUGGUUUGGGAUGACGACGCACUCCAUCUGAUCCCGAGAGCCAAGGAAAUCGAGUCCGAGCUUAUGCAGCUCGUGUGGAAGACUGGUGAGCCUGGUGAGAUGGAUGAGAAGGCCAAUCCCAUUGUAGGUGCUACCGAGAUUGACGAGGAAAGCGGCGAGCCGAGGCCCGAAGCACGACCGGUCCACCUGCUCAACACCUACCUCGUCAGUAUUACGAUGGCGGUUGUCACAGUGUCUUUGGGAGCAGCCUGGAGGCAGUUGGCGAUCGAGGUCAUGGUCGACGGCGAUUACGUCCGUUUGGCUCUCGUUGCGCUGGCGCCCGUACAAAUCUUCUUCACCCUCUUCUUCGCUCAGGUCAUCAUCGGCUGUCUGGCCCAGAUCUUUGGUCCCAUCAAGCAGCUCUCGGUCAACUCCAGGUUCUACUCGGCCAAGCCACCACCGAGAUUGCAGACGGCCGUUCUUCCCCAUGUUACAGUUCAGUGUCCCGUGUACAAGGAGGGCCUCAGUGGUGUCAUUGCCCCUACGGUCAAAUCCAUCAAGCAUGCCAUGUCCACUUAUGAGCUUCAGGGAGGUUCAGCCAACAUGUUCAUCAACGACGACGGUCUUCAGUUGCUUUCGGAAGAAGAUCGUCAAGCCCGUAUUGACUUUUACGCUGACCACAGCAUUGGCUGGGUUGCACGCCCGCGACACGGCGAGAAUGGUUUCCAGCGUCGCGGAAAGUUCAAGAAGGCGUCCAACAUGAACUAUGCCCUCAUGAUCUCCUGCAAGGUGGAAGAAAAGCUCGCCCAAGUUCCCAGACACUCCGAGUGGUCGCAGCAUGACGAGGCCCAAGCGUAUGAAAGGGCGCUAAAGGACGUUCUCGAGGAAAACGGUCGGGCUUGGGCCGACGGCAAUAUCCGCAUGGGCGACUAUAUCCUCCUCAUUGACUCCGACACCCGGGUUCCUUCCGACUGCCUUCUGGACGCCGUCUCCGAAAUGGAACAGUCCCCUGACGUUGGUAUCAUGCAGUUCUCGUCUGGUGUCAUGCAAGUGGUGCACACCUACUUCGAAAACGGCAUCACCUUCUUCACUAACCUCAUCUACACGGCCAUUCGUUACACCGUCUCCAACGGCGACGUUGCCCCCUUUGUUGGUCACAAUGCCAUUCUACGCUGGUCCGCCAUCCAACAAGUCUCGUACGAAGACGAAGACGGCUACGAGAAGUUCUGGUCCGAAAGUCACGUGUCCGAAGAUUUCGACAUGUCUUUGCGCUUGCAAUGCAACGAUUACAUCAUCCGUUUGGCCGCCUGGGCUGGUGAUGGCUUCAAGGAGGGGGUCUCGCUUACCGUGUACGACGAACUGGCUCGCUGGGAAAAGUACGCCUAUGGCUGCAACGAGCUGCUCUUCUACCCCAUCAGGAAGUGGAUCUGGAAGGGCCCAUUCACCCCCCUCUUCCGCCGGUUUCUGUUCUCCAACAUCCGCUUCACUUCCAAGAUCACCAUCAUCUCCUACAUCGGCACCUACUAUGCCAUUGGCGCUGCGUGGAUUUUGACGUCCGUCAACUACUUCCUCAUGGGCUGGUACAACGGGUUCCUGGACAAGUACUACGUCGACUCGUGGCAGGUGUGGUUCUCCAUCAUUCUCGUCUUCAACGGCCUGGGCAAUGUCGCGUUGGCCGUGAUGAGAUACAGAGUCGGGGAGAGGAGCAUUCUGGGGUCGAUCCUUGAGAACUUCAAGUGGACGCUCAUGUUGGCCAUUUUCCUCGGUGGGCUGUCGCUGCAUGUGUCUCAGGCGCUAUUGGCGCACAUGUUUGAAAUUGACAUGACGUGGGGUGCGACGAGUAAGGAGGCCGAAUUUUCAAAUUUCUUUAUUGAGGUGCCAAAGGUGUUGAAAAAGUUCAAAUUCUCCAUGCUCUUCUCCAUCGGAUUCAUCAUCGGCAUGGUCAUACUCGCCACGGCGCCCUUUAUUCCUCACUCGUGGCACAUCACCGAUUUCGUGGCCAUCCUGCCUAUGGCAACGGUCGCGGCCAGCCAUCUGUUGUUGCCGCUGGCGUUGAACCCGGCUUUGAUGACUUUCUCGUGGUGAGGUCGGUUGCAUUGAAUGGAGUGGAGGCAAAUGAAGGGAAACGUAAAGGAUGAACACACAUUUCUGGAAAGAAUUCUAUGGAAGUAAUAGGAUCCGGUAUACUAGGUACUAGAAUGGGGAUAUAUCACUUGGAACGGGGAUUGGAGAUGGAUCUAAUGGAUCUAAUGUGGUUUUUUUUGGGUACAUCUAACUGUGGAUAAUGUCACGAGGGCAAAUACCAAAUGAACGGGAACAAAGAUAAGUACCUACAUAUGAAGAGCUUCUAAAUCACUUUGGCUAGGUAGGAUGCGGCGGAAUAUGGUACAUCAAUGCUAGAAGAAGUUGAACCUACACCAGUAAUACACAUAGCACAUCGAGAUGCGCUUGUACAAUUCUACUUCGCCAAGCC